GACUGCAUUUGUUUGCUUAGAAUACGAAAAUAGGCUCGCAAAUCGAUGACUCGUAUGCCCGUGAGCGUGAGCGAGCGAAGUGGCGAAGUUGUUCGAAUGUGAGCUUGUGAAGUUUGUGAUGUUCGUUGCACGCUAAAAGAAGAAAAGAACUCCGAUUAACGUUUGAUCAUGCAAGUGACACUCAUUGAAAAGCCGGUCUUGAGCGUUCAGUGCAACUGGAAUGAAGCCUUGAGGGAGAGAAAUGGAGACGCCUGGGUGACUUGCAAAUCUCGAGGCCAGCCAGGAAUACAUGGCAAACUGAAACGAACUGGUUCAAGUCAGGACGGGACUCCCAUUGUGUCGACCACCGACAAGUUUAGAGUGACCGGGAUAACCAAGGACACUAUUAACGUCUCGCACACUGACCCAAACUGCCAGACGUGUUUCAUCGCCCCAACAACAGCAUUUGCCAACGUGCACAACAAAAGUGUGGCAUGCCUUGACGUCACCAAGGGACACUUGGGUGUUUCGGCCAGUGGAACCAGUGAAAUUCGUGUCUGGGACUCGCGGACGGGAGAAGUCAGGAGGGAACUGGAGGGACAUGUCUGGGAUGUGUACACCUGCCGUUUCUUCCCUUCCGGUGUGGUCGUCCUCACGGGAGGAGCUGACAUGCAGCUCAAGAUUUGGUCUGCCGAAACGGGAAAGUGCCCCGUCACAUUGAAAGGCCACUCUGCAGCCAUUCACGACACCUGCAUUGUGGAACAAGGCCGUAAUAUCAUCUCAGUAAGCAAGGAUGGCACUGCACGACUCUGGGACUGUGGCAAGUCGGCCUGCUUGGGCACGCUCACCGACACCCUGCACGACUGCAUUAACUGCUGCGCCCUCGGACCUGCGGCCAUCGACUUGGGCACCAGGGAUGAACCAGCCAACGAGAGGGAGGUAGCUACAGAUGGGAAACUCCUAGUCGUAGGCACAGAAGCAGGAAAACUUAGGGGUGUUGGUGUGCACUCCAGGAAAACGGUGUUUGAGCUUGAUCAUCCAGCAGCCAUUAACUGCUGCUGCUUCCUUGGACAAAAUCGCUUUCUUUACGGGACACAGGAUGGAAAUGUUUCCGUGAUUGAUGUGAGGCAGACGAGAGAGCCUUGCAUCACUUGGAAAAACUCAUCGUCUCCUGUGCUGUGCCUAUUGCCAUACAAGCAAGGUUUCAUGGUUGGAAGAGCCGACGGCUCUUGCAACUUCGAAGCCCUGGUGGGCGCAGAAUCUUUCAGUCUGACAGGACCAGACUGCGAACCUGUUUACCGUGUGGCGUAUGAUGGGGAAUCGUUCUACACUGCCUGCAGAGAUGGCCUGAUCAGGAAGUACAGGGUGCCCAAGUCAUAACGUUCAUGCCUGUUGCCAGUGGUUACAGUGACCUGUCAAAGAAGAACAUAUACAGACGUGUUUUGAACAUUGCCGUAUAAAACUAUUGGCCCCUGUCAA